UCCGCCUCUCUCCCUGUCUCUGAACCACUUGCUCCUGCACCAGAGCCUCCACUGCUGCGGAAGAGUGCGUCUGCCUGGACAGUAAGACAAUGGGUCUGUGGGUUCAGCUGCUGUUCGCCUCACUGGUAGUGUCGCAGUUGUGCUCCAGAGCGCAAGCUCAAGGCACAGUCUACGACCUCCUUGUGUCCCCGGACUGUUUGCCUGACCUUCUGCAGAGGGGCCUCCAGGACCAGUCAGUCGAUGAAGUCUUCAUCCUGACAACAUUUCAGCUCCAAACCAAGGCCCUGACCCAAAUAUUCAACCUUUAUAACCCCAAAACCAACCAGAAGUAUUUUGAGUUCUCUGUGAUGGGGAAGCCAAACAAAGCGAUUGUGCGGUUCAUGAAGAGCGACAGGAAGCUGGCGUCCGUCACCUUUAACAACCUCUCGCUGGGGGACGGCCGGAGCCAUUCGGUCAUGUUCCACCUGAGCGGCCUGCGGACGGGGAGCCCCACCACGGACCUGUACGUGGACUGCAAGCUCGAACAGACGCUGGGGGACGUACCUGCGGCCUUCAGAGGCCUCCCCCCAGGCGAGAACACAGUCGAGCUCAAGACCAUGUCGAAAAGACCCCGUGAUGUUGUACAGGAUCUGAAGCUUGUUUUUGGUGACUCGGUCGACAAUGUUGCUUCUUUACAAGACUGUAACUUUCAUCAGAGCGAUUCAGUGCAAAUACUGGGUGCCAAUACCAAACAGCUAUCCAAUCAGAUGCUGGACCUCAGCAGGGUGAUCUCAGACCUGAAAGACAUCCUCCUACAGCAGGUCAAGGAAACGGCCUUCCUGAGAAACACUAUUUCAGAGUGCCAGGCUUGCAAGCUAAUGAACAAUGGUGAUGAUGGUGAAGGAGAUAAAGAUCCAGAAGAUUCUGGCGGAACGCCGUGCCCCCCUGGGUCAUGUUUCCGUGACAAGGGGUGCAUCAAGACAAAGAACGGGGUACAGUGCGCUCCCUGUCCUGAUGGCUACACUGGGGAUGGAGUGAGUUGUGAUGAUGUAGAUGAGUGCCAGUUUAACCCUUGCCACCCCGGAGUGCAGUGCGUUAACACGUCCCCAGGCUUCAGGUGUGAGGUGUGUCCGCUGGGCUUCACGGGACCAGCUGUACGGGGAGUGGGCCGGGCGUAUGCGCUCACACACAAGCAGACGUGUAAAGACAUAGACGAAUGUGCAGGACCCAACAAUGGAGGCUGUGUGGCUAAUUCUUACUGUCACAACACUGUGGGCUCGUUCCACUGCGGGGGCUGCAAGGCGGGGUUCACAGGGGACCAGGGGAGUGGGUGCCGGCCGAUGAACACCUGCGGGAACAACCUGCAGAAUCCCUGUGGAGACAACGCCCACUGUGUGCUGGAGAGAGACGGCACCGUCAGCUGCCUGUGUGACAUUGGUUGGGCAGGCAAUGGCUUCCAGUGCGGGAAGGACACGGAUAUCGACGGCUACCCUGAUGCGAAGCUCACGUGCAGGGACCCCAAAUGCAGAAAGGACAACUGUGCCUACAUCCCCAACUCUGGCCAAGAGGAUGCAGACCGGGAUGGGCAGGGUGAUGCGUGUGACAAUGACGCGGAUGGGGACGGCAUUCUGAACGAUGAUGACAACUGCUGGCUGACGGCCAAUCCUGACCAGCGGAACAGCGACAAGGAUUCCCACGGAGACGCCUGCGAUAACUGCCGCACGACGGUGAACCAAGACCAGCGCGACACGGACGGAGAUGGCAAGGGCGACGCCUGCGAUGAUGACAUCGACGGGGACGGUAUAAAGAACAUCCUUGACAAUUGCCAGAGAGUCCCAAACUAUGACCAGCUGGACAAAGACAAUGAUGGAGUGGGAGACGCUUGUGACAGCUGUCCUGAAAUCUCCAACCCCAACCAGUCAGACGUUGAUGACGAUCUUGUAGGAGACUCUUGUGACACCAACCAAGACAGUGACGGUGAUGGCCACCAGGACUCCAAGGACAACUGUCCCAAUGUCAUAAAUAGCUCCCAGCUGGACACAGACAGAGACGGCCUGGGAGACGAAUGUGAUGAUGAUGAUGAUGGUGACGGCAUACCUGACGUCCUCCCACCUGGACCAGACAACUGUAGGCUGGCACCCAACCCUGACCAGAUAGACGACAACAAUGACGGGGUGGGAGAUAUCUGUGAGAAUGACUUUGACCAGGACCGGGUGAUUGACAUGAUGGAUAACUGCCCCGAGAACGCAGAGGUCACGCUGACGGACUUCAGGGCCUACCAGACCGUGGUGCUCGACCCCGAGGGCGACGCCCAGAUCGACCCCAACUGGGUGGUCCUCAACCAGGGCAUGGAGAUCGUACAGACGAUGAACAGUGACCCUGGCCUCGCUGUGGGUUACACAGCGUUCAGUGGAGUGGACUUUGAGGGCACGUUCCACGUGAACACAGUGACGGAUGAUGACUACGCAGGGUUUAUUUUCGGGUAUCAGGACUCCAGCAGCUUCUACGUGGUGAUGUGGAAGCAGACGGAGCAGACGUACUGGCAGGCCACGCCCUUCAGAGCCGUGGCUGAGCCCGGGAUCCAGCUCAAGGUGGUGAAGUCGAGUACGGGCCCUGGGGAACACCUGCGGAACUCGCUCUGGCACACAGGUGACACCAGCGACCAGGUGCGUCUGCUGUGGAAGGACCCGCGGAACGUGGGCUGGAAGGACAAGGUGUCGUACCGCUGGUACCUGCAGCACCGGCCCCAGGUGGGCUACAUCCGGGCCAGAUUCUAUGAAGGUCCCUCGCUGGUGGCUGACUCCGGCGUGAUUAUAGACACCACCAUGAGGGGCGGGAGGCUGGGUGUGUUCUGCUUCUCCCAGGAGAACAUCAUCUGGUCCAACCUGAAGUACCGCUGUAAUGACACAAUCCCGGCGGACUUUGAAGAAUAUUCCACACAGAACACCAGCACCUCUCCGUACUGAUCGAUGUGACGAACAGCAGACUUAAGAGAAAGAGAGGAGAAACAGAACAUCACGGCAGUGAAGUCUCAAUGGGAACAACUACCACACCCCUCAAAAAGGAUUCUGGGAGUACAGGGACCAACACAUUCAAUAACAGCACAGGCUUGCCUGUUAGAAGGACAGUUAUGUAAUGGUUAGCUUGUCCUUGCUGCUAAGUUUUCUUUUUUUUUUUUUUUCCUUUUUUUUUUUUUUACAAACAGCUUUUCAUAAUUUGGUAUUUAUUAUAUAACAUUGUUAGAUGAUCUAUAAUCUAAACAUAUUAUGUCAUUGUUUGUGAUGAUUCAGAAAGAACAAGAGAUUUGUAUCGACACAAUUUUGGCCGUCAGUUUUAUAAUGCAAAAAUAUCAUUUGUGUCUGGUUAAGAAAUGUUAAACAUCAAAAAUGAUUGAAAUUAGAGUUAGCUCUUAAAUGCACUUGAGGAAAUCACUUCAAUUUAAUAAUUUUUGGUGAUAAUAAAGAUAACUCAAGACCCUUAAUUCUCAUAACUCACAAUCAUUUUCUAUUUCCUUUUAUCAUUAAUAUGAAUAAGUUGCAAUGUAAAAUAAAUGGGUAAUUUUUAAAUUAAAUUUGUUGUUAAAAAUUUCAGAUUACUUGUCGGAAGAGAAGACAACACCAUUAUUAGCUUUAAAAAUGUUUUAUUGAAAUAACAAAGUUAUUAAGCAAACCAUCUACAGCGUAGAAUUUGUGUUCUGGCUUCCGCAGUGUGCACCUUCAAGGGCUUUUUUCAUACUGCAGAAUAUGGAAUUGUGGGGCAUUUGUAAAUUCCAUACAAAUGUAAAAUAAAUGGUAAAUUAAUGAAAAUCAGUCAAAAA